AUGGCCCACAUAUAUCCACAUGACUAUGCAGCAGAUCACCACAAGCAGCUAAAAGUCACAGGAGCCCAGAUCGGCAGCCUCUUAGCGGAUAUCGAGAGGCUUAUUAAGAUGAACAAUAACGUAGUUCUUGAAGCACAAUCAGUACACAAAGACUUCGAGGACUACAACAAUGAGGAGAAGACCACAAUUUACAUUGUUGGGCUGAAAACUCAGCUCAACAAUACUAUCAUCAAUGCACCUCCAGGUAUCUCACAAUCGGCUGAUUAA